AAUCGAUGCCUUGAGGUGGAAGACGAGCGAGAUCGGUUCCGUGUGCAACUUAACCAACGAGAUCAAGAACUGGCUGAGGUUCGCAUUCUCUACGAGACUUUGGCAAAGGAGCGUGAACAGACCUCGGAUAUAGUACGCCAGGAAUUUGCUGAUCGACUGGUUCGUGGGGAAGAAGAGACGAGGAGGCUGAAGCGCGAGUUGGCCGAGAUGAAAGCAAGAAUGACAGUUGAGAAGGAGCAUGCAGAGGCUAAUGCAAAAAAUGCAGAAGAAGUGGCUACAAAAGAGCUGCAGAAAGUGCAUCAAAGGGUUAAGGAUGCAAUUUCACGCAAGGAGGCAAAUAUGAAUGAUUUGAAGGAACAAUAUCAAAAAGAGAAAGAAGAAUGGCAGAAAAAGGUGGAAAUGACUCAUCGGCGAGUUGAAUAUUUGGAGGGCCUGCUUGAUCAGCAGAGGAAACAACUCCUGAUGGUCAAGAAAUAG